CAGCGUUGUGCGUUGGACGUGCGCGUUGUGCAUGCGUGGUCAUGGCCGUAGGCGCGCUUUGCCUCGUGUGGGGAUAGCCAUGACACGACGACACGACGACCAUUACCAGGAGGAUGGGAGGAGGCCUCACCCUCUCAUCUCGCCGGCCAAUCUGGAUCUGCCAGUCUCUCACUCCUGCUUUCACUCCUGCUGUCGUCUCCCGGUCGCUCGUCGGUCUCGCUCCCUGUCGAUCUCCCUACCUUUCACCUCUCGGCCUCUUCCCACUUUGGUCUUCACUGCCCUUCGACCUUCACCACACGCCAAUCAGCCUAAGACAAGGCCUAGACCAGCGAAUUGCCCUGCACGGAGCCUAAUUUACGCAAAAGCCCCAAAGUCUCAACCUCCCAAGCGGCACUGCCCGCCACCCGAAGCUGAAGGUUAUGCCUCAUUGCGGGAACACCGCUGGCCGGGGCCUUGUUGAACUCAGAGUCGCCAUAGAGUCUGACUUGAUCUAGCUGAAACUGAGUGGAUGGCCCCAUCCAGACCGCGCAGACCAUGAAAUCGAAGCAUGUCACUGUGGCAUUUUGCACGUUGGACUUUGGCGUUCUAAGUUAGACCCUGGUCAUUCUAACUUAGUCAUUCCAGUCAUUCCCCAACAGGCUCGAUGCCAAGACGCCAAGACGGCCAAGAGAUGCCGAGCGAUCGGCCACGCGCUGACCGCCCCACUCUGUCCCGCCGUCGCCCCUGAUUCUUUGUUUCCUGGUACUUCGGUACCUACUUCGUACGUGUUAAUAUACUUACCUGCCUUUGAUAUAUCCAGG